AUGACAAAAUGUACAUGGUUGGGAUGGGAUGUUGAUAACCGAAUUAGAAUAUCGAGUCCCCAUUUAGAGACCUUGGUGUUUCAUACCCCUCGCCUCGUUACUAGUAGUGGCAUAAUGAUCCAUGCUCCCAACCUUGUUUGCUUGGGUUACAGGGGUGAUGCUGCAGACGCGUAUGAUUUGUCCAAUUUCGGGUCACUCAACCGAGCAAAUGUUCGUCUCCGAGCCAUCGAUGCAGUUCCAUCGGAUUCUAAGCGUCAACAGAUAUGGAACCUCUGGCGAGUGCUUUCCAACGUAACGGUUCUUACUAUUUCAGGCCCAACCCUUGAGGCCUUAUCAUAUUCAGCCCGUGACGUGCCAAAAUUUCCAAACCUCGCCAGAUUCGAGGUGACAUCCGACUUUAAACACUUUGCACAGGAAGCACUUUUGCUGUUGCUCUUGGAUGCGCCUAAUCUCAGCUCUAUGGUUUUGCACCAGUUACCGUUCCUCGGUGCCGAUGAAGAAGACUCUCGGGUUUGGGUUCAACAAAGGGCAACCCACCAUCAAUUUGCACAACUCAAGUCUUUCACAAUCAACAGCUUAUAUGGUGACCAGAACGAUCUCGACAUGUUAAAGCUUAUCCUAAGUAAUUCACCCAUAUUAGAAGACAUGAUUCUCGCUUUUCCUCAAGAACUUGAACCAGAUCCAAUAUCAGAACUUGAGGUAACUAAGAAAAUAAGCGAGUUCCGAAGAAGUUCCCCGCUUUGUGCUGUGCGGUUCAAGGGUUAA